AUGGAUGAGAAAAAAACAAUCCAGAUUCUUCAAAUGACUUCAAAAGAACAUAAUAAUAAUAACAACAAGAAGAAGAAGAAUGUGUUCAUUCCAGCAUCAGUGGAAGUGUUCACACAACACAAAAGUCUUGCAGAGGAGCAGGAUCAAAGGCAGAGUGACAGUUCCACUCAGGCUGUAUUUGUGAAUGGAAAGUUUUGCAAGGACCCAAAGCUUGUCAGUGCUAGUGAUUUCUUCUUUGAAGGACUAAACAUUCCCAGAAACACUACAAAUCAACUUGGGUCGAAUGUCACUCUUUUGACUGUGGACAACAUAUUUGGCCUCAAUACACUAGGUAUAUCCAUAACUCGCUUAGACUUUGCACCAUACGACGUAAAUCAACCCCAUUUGCAUCCUCGUGCCUCAGAGAUUUUAGUAGUCUUACAGGGUACUUUGUACGUUGGCUUUGUCACAUCCAACCCGGAUAACCGCCUCAUCACCAAGACUCGAAACGCGGGAGACGUCUUCGUCUUCCCAAUUGGUCUCCUUCACUUCCAGUUUAAUGUAAGAAACACCCAUGCUGUUGCUUUUGCCAGUCUUGGUAGCCAGAAUCCUGGGCGCACCGACAUAGCAGAGAAUAUCUUUGGAGCCAAUCCACCUAUCAAUCCAGAUGUUCUCACUAAGGCCUUCCAAUUGGACAAGAAUGUGGUUGACUCUCUUCUGAAAAAAUUCGCGAGCUAGAGAACUAUAUGUAAUAGCCACAAUGA